AUGGCUGUGAGAUUUAAUCUAGCAAUAAUAUUUUGUUCUUUAUUAUUGGAGAUUACUUUUGCAACCAAUCCUUCCAUUUUCAAUGUCAAGGCACAACCCAAUAGUGACAUUAGUCAAGCUCUCUCUAAUGCUUGGAAACAAGCAUGUACAUCUACUACCCCAUCUGAAUUACUAAUUCCAAAGGGAACAUUCAAGUUAAAAAGAGUUACAUUAGAAGGACCUUGUAAGGCUCCAAUCAAGAUUAAUCUUCAAGCCACAUUGCAAGCCCCAAGUGACCCCAAUGGUUUCAAAGAUGGAGAUGGUUGGGUUACUUUUGAACAUAUUGAUAGACUAACUUUAAUGGGUGGUGGUAGUUUUGAUGGGCAAGGCAAAGGAGUUUGGGGAAAACAUUGCUCACAAGGACAAUAUUGCAGUAAACUUCCCAUAUGUUUGUAUUUGUAUGAAUAUGAACAGAAUGUAAGAUUCGACUACGUUACUAAUUCCAUAAUUGAAGACGUAAUAUCACGUGAUAGUAAACAAUUUCAUAUCAAUGUUUUGGGUGGAGAAAAUAUUACCUUCUCAGGUGUUCGAGUAGUUGCUCCUGAAAAUAGUCCUAACACUGAUGGAAUCCAUAUUGGACGUUCAAAUAGAAUUAACAUUAUCGACUCAAAUAUUCAAACUGGCGAUGAUUGUGUUUCUAUUGGAGAUGGUAGUAAACAAAUAACUGUUACGAAUGUUACCUGUGGUCCUGGACAUGGUUUUAGCGUCGGGAGUUUAGGAAAAUAUAAAGAUGAAAAAGCCGUAGAAGGAGUGAUUUUCAAGGGUUGUACGAUGAAAAAUACAAUGAAUGGUGUUAGAAUCAAAACUUGGCCAGAUUCUACAGAUGGUUUGGCAUCAAAUAUGCAUUUUGAAGAUAUUGACAUGGAAAAUGUUGGUAAUCCUAUUCUUAUAGAUCAAGAAUAUUGCCCUUGGAAUAAUUGCAACAAAAAGGUUCCAUCCAAAAUUAAGCUGAAAGAUGUUACAUUCAAAAAUAUUCAUGGUACUUCUACAUCAGCACUUGCAAUAAACUUAAUUUGUAGUAGUGGAUAUCCAUGCCAAAAUGUUACAAUUGAAAACAUUGAUUUAAAAUAUAAUGGACCAGAAGGCCCUAUCACUUCCAAGUGCAAAAAUAUCAAACCAAAGACAAUUGGCAAACAAAAUCCUUCUCCAUGCAAUGCUAUUUGAUUUCAUUAAUAUUAUUAUGACUAAAAAAUAUGUGGUUAAUUAUACUUGUAAGUCUUAUGAUUACUACUAUGUAGUCAAUAAAUUUCAUAAUUGUACUAUAUUGUGAGAUAUUGUUUUCACAUAUAUAUAAUAUACAUGCAAAUAUUAUUAAUUUGUCAAUGAAAUAUGAAUCUCUAUUAGUAAAUAUUUCAUUAAUUAAUAAAAAAAUUUACUCUAGUUAUAUAUAAUUUAUAUACUGAAAAAUUUCAUGAGCUCUAAACUUACUUACCCAAGAAAAUAAAAUAAAAACUUUCAUGUGAUGUAUUGGGGGAUUUUAUUUAAU